GUACUCACAUCAUCAACAAAAAAGAGCAAUCAGCUGGGAUUCCGUCUGUUGACUGGUCAGCAAGAGGUACGUUGUCAUCCCUCUUAAACUUCGUUGACAGUCUUACGUGUAGUUCUUGUUCUCUCGAAAAAAAGAGAGGGUCUGCUUCACAUUAAAACAACAAACCAAAAACGAUGAACCCUCCGAACGAGCCACAGUCGUGUGUGCACCCACCAGUGGUGGAGCGCUUACGCAUUGCGGUUCGCGAGCGGCCCGUGUCGGACGAAGAGCUAGCCGCCACCCAAGUGCUGCUGCGGGCCGAUCAGGACAAGCUCAUCGCCUUCGCACCCAACGCAAACGAUGGACUCAUGUACGACUUUGAUUACUUCUAUCCCCAGACGGCCCGGCAAGAAGACGUCUUCCGCACGAUUGGGCUGGAGAUGGUGGACCUUGUUAUGGGCGGUCUCAGUGCCAACUGCAUCGCCAUCGGGUUCGCCGAAACGGGCAAAACGCACACGCUCUUUGGCAGCGCCGACGAGGCCAGUUUGAUUCAAGAGACUGUGCGGGAACUGUUUCUGCGGCUGCGGGAGCAGUCCGACGCGCAGGAGUACACGGUAGGCUUCUCCUAUUGGGAGAUGAACUGUAACGGGGUGCACGACAACCUUUCCGACGCACCAGUAGCGGCCUCGACGGCUUACGGUGACGCCGAUAUGUAUGGCAAAGGCGAUGUUUCGGGCUGCCACACGGUGUACCGCGACGGGCUGGGGCGUCUUUACCUGUCCAACCUUCGGGAGGCCCCCGUAAAAAAUUACGAGGAGUUCGAAGCGCUGCUCAACGAAGGCAACGUUCGACGUGUGCAACGCGGCUACGCGCGUCAAUUUCGCUGGCACGGCUUCGCCCAGCUUUCUCUCAUGACGGUGGACAAACAAGCCGGUGAGCAAUGCGUGUUGCGCCGUCUCACGUUUGUGCACACGAAGGGGCCGGAGCGCGUUGGCGCCAACCGAGUUCCGAAGUUGAUCCUGCGUCAGGGUAGUCAAGUCAACGUGAGUAGCACCUUGCUGAGCGCUGCGGUGAUCCACUCGAUGGAGUACCGUGCCAAGCGCGUCGCACGUUGUCGCACGCAGGCCCAGCUGCACGACCUCAUUCAGCGCAGCGAGUCAUUUUUUAUGGAGUGCCGCUACACGCAGAUGAUGUCGCAGCUCAUGUGUGGGCACGAGGCGUCGUUCGUGCUCGGCUGCGUCGACCCUUUGUCGUACCGCGAGACCGUCGACACGCUGGAGAACCUGCAGCUCUUCCGUCAGCUCGAUGCCGCGUGUGUGCCGGUGACGAUGCCGUCGGAGCGUGGCCGCCUGCUGCGACAGCUGCGUAUGAUGGAGGCGGCCGUGGGUGGGGAGGAGGUGCUGCAGUCCAUCUACAACGAGGCCAACGGCCGCCCGCGCACGGAGCAGGAGGAGGCCCUGCUGGCGCUGCGUGGGCGCGUCGAAGGGUGGGACCAGACGGACUCGAGCCUUCCCAAGCAAGGGGUCCCGCUGUCGGGACAGUUAAGUAUGUCGCCAGACAGCGCCAAGACGCGCAAAGGCGAGGACAGCGAGGGCCGCAGCACGCGCAGCAUUGUGUACCUCAACCCCGCCAAGACCGCCACCUACGAAGGGCAGUGGAAGAACAACCUCUUCGACGGCUUCGGCGAGCAUGUGCAGUCCAACUUCAAGUACCACGGCUUCUUCUGCGCCGGCCGGCGCGAGGGCCAGGGCACGCUUUUCCUGCGCGAGAGCAAGGACAGCCCUUACCACCGCGUGUACGAGGGGGAGUGGCUGGCGGGCUGCCGCGAUGGGCGUGGCACGCAGUGGCUGCCGGACGGCGAGGUGUACGAGGGAGACUUUGCCGGGGACGAGCGCCACGGCUGCGGCAAGCUGUACAGCACCAACGGCGAUGUUGUGGAGGGCAACUUCCGCCACAACAAGUGCGAGGGGUGGGCGGUGCUGCGGCAGGCCGGCGGGGACUGGUACGAGGGCUACUGGACCAACGGCGAGCGCGAAGGUCCGGGGGUGUGGCACUAUGUGAGUCGGCAGCGGUGCCUUCGCGGCGAGUGGCACCACAACAAGGCUGUCAUGGGGACAAUGGAAGACGACGCGGAAAAGACAGACAACACCACUGGUGCGUUCAUCCCCCGGCUCGGUUUGAUCGAUAGCGACGACAUCCUCGCGAAGGAGAGGGCGAGGUUGACGGAGAAGCGCCGAUUAGAGUUUGCCGCCGCGGGCAAAACGUGGGUCGACUACGCGGCGAUGCGUCACGACAGCAGCGGCAGCAACAGCACUGGCUCAGCGUCCGCAGCAGGUCGCGGUUCGCCCAAAGGUGUUGCCGCUUCUCCAGCAGCGAAUGGCAAUGCUGUCUACGGUUUGGAAAUUGAGUAA